GAUCUUCAACUGCUCCAAGAUAUACCAGCAUGGCUUAGAAGCCUUCGAUUGCACAAGUACAAUCCUAUUUUUGAGACUUGGAAAUGGCAGGAAAUGGUCAAACUCAAUGAUGAGGCUUUGUCUGAAAAGGGAGUGUCAGCACUGGGUGCCAGACGCAAGAUGUUGAAGGUUUUUGAACAAGUCAAGUUGCACUGUGAACAAAACGUAGGUUAA